GAGGCGGGCGUGUCUGGAGCAGGUGUGUAGAAGCUGCAGUGUUUAGAAGAGUUUCUAAAAGAGAGACUAUAAGAGCUUUGGGGAUUUCAUCAAGACUCUGAGCCAUGAAGCCACUUCACUACUCCUCAGAUGACAUGUGGUGGGGGACCCUCGGAACCGUCCGACCCUUCUCCAACUUCCACCCCGACCAAGACGCGAUGGAGAUCCAGGCAGCUCUGGACUGUAAAGACGCAGGAACGCUGGUGAACCUUCUGACCAACCGAAACAACGCCCAGAGGCAAGUCAUCGCCGUGGAAUACAAGAAGAUGACAAACAAGGACCUGAUUGCAUGCCUGAAGAAGGCUUUGUCAGGAGACUUGGAGAAUCUCCUGCUGCAGCUGCUGAUGCUGCCAGAGCAUUUUGACGCUCAACGUCUGCAGGACGCCAUGGUGGGUCUGGGAACGGAUGAGGAAACGCUUAUGGAGAUUUUGAGUACUCGAUCAAAAGAGCAGCUUCAACAAAUCAAUAACGCCUUCCAACAACGGUUUAAGAAAGAUCUGGAGAAGGAGCUGAGAGGAGAAACCAGUGGGGACUUUGCUAAGCUGGUUGUGGCUCUGCUGAAGAAAGGUGACUCCCCUGCUGUGGUCCAGAGAGAUGUUGAGGCUCUCGCUGCGUCUCUAGAUGGUAAAAAGGCCAACGCAGCGCCGUGGAUUGAGAUCAUGACCUCGAGAAGCUCGGCACACCUGGAGAACGUGCUGAUAGGACUGGAGCUGCAGCUCGGACAGGCGCUGGAGCAGAUGUUGGACAAACGUUUCAGUGGAGACUUUCAGAUGGGUUUGAAGGUUUUAGUUCAAUGCAUCCAGAGUCCGGAGGUCUACCUCGCCAAGAGGCUGAGCACCAUGAAGACAUCACUGGUACACGGGAUCAUGGUGUCUCACAGUGAGGAGGACCUGCUGUGCAUCCGAGCCGCCUUCCUGAAGCUGACGGGGAACUCUCUGUACUCGACUCUGCAGAAACAAUUCAAAGGGGAGCAUCAGCAGGCUUUGCUGGGCAUCUGCAGAUCAGAAGACUGAACCUGGACGGGUUUGCUGGAUUCUUCCUUCCGAGCGGCACUUCACUCUGACACUGCAGGGCUGUCCUUGAGUUUUAAUGUCACCUCUAAGAUUUCUGAUUUCUGCAGACUCAUGCAACAAGUAGCCGAGUCAUUCCCAAGAAAAAUCCAUCAGUUAAAAUGUUUUCAUUACAUGUUUGUACUUUUAAAACUUAAUUUAAUCCAUCACAUCUGUAAACUAAUCAGAAAAUAAAAGAUGGACUUUAUAAAGAACAUAGAAAAAAAUCAUUAAUUUGAUAUGUCCACUUUUUCCAAACAACAAAAACCUUUAGUUUGCCAUUAUAUAACAAUUUUUUAAUUUAAAUGAAAAAAAAUGUAAAUUGUAACUUUAAAAUAAAACUUUUUAAAAAACGUUAUAGAUUAUUGUAGCAAAACAUCUUAUUAACAAUUCUUUAUUGCACCCAAAAA